CUUCCCUAAAAAAAAGUAAAAACAGCCCAUUUUCCUAUAGCAAAAGACAUGCUUAUUGUAAUAACGCAUAUCCCUCAAAUCCAGUAUUCAUGCCCUCAUGAGCCACACUUGUCCUAUAAAAUCUAACAAAGAUUCCCAAAACGCAGAGAGCAAAAGAGAAAAAUGGGAGCUCAUCAGCUAUGUCCAAAACUAUCAUCUUCUUGGAUGAAAAUGGAGACAAGCUUAAAUGACUCUGUUUCUAAGAGCAAGAUUGGCAGAUUCUUUAAGCUUGAAGCAAGAAAGAGCUCUUUCACCAAAGAGUUUCGUGCUGCUACUGCAACUUUUCUUACCAUGGCUUAUAUCAUCACUGUUAACGCCACUAUACUCUCCGACUCUGGCGUCACUUGCUCCGUCGCCGACUGCUCGCCUCCGGUUAACCAAACAAUGCCUAGUCCUGACUGCGUGCUUAAGCCCAACGAUGGCUACCAAAGCUGCCUUGACAGAGCCAAGAGCGACCUCAUUGUUGCAACCAUAUUGUCAUCUAUGAUUGGGUCAUUUGCUAUGGGAAUUCUGGCCAACUUGCCUUUGGGUUUGGCCCCAGGUAUGGGUCCCAAUGCUUACUUGGCUUAUAAUUUGGUGGGCUUUCAUGGAACUGGACCCAUCUCAUACAAGACUGCAAUGGCUGUGGUCUUGGUUGAGGGCUGUGCCUUUCUUGCAAUAUCUGCUUUUGGGCUUAGAGCAAAGCUUGCGAGGCUUAUACCCCAUCCAGUUCGCCUCGCUUGUGCAGCGGGUAUUGGGCUUUUCAUUGCAUUUGUGGGCUUGCAGGUCCACCAGGGAGUGGGCCUCGUUGGACCUGAUCCAUCGACUUUGGUGACCGUCACAGCCUGCUCGAGUACAAAUCCGGCGACUGGAGAGUGCAUGGCCGGAAAAAUGCACAGCCCAACAUUUUGGCUCAGCUCAGUUGGGUUCCUAAUCACAUGUUAUGGGCUAGUGAAAGGAGUUAAAGGCAGCAUGAUAUAUGGUAUUCUUUUUGUGACAUUUAUUUCAUGGAUUAGAGGCACUGCAGUCACAUAUUUCCCUUACACUCCAGUUGGUGAAUCAAAUUUCAAGUACUUCAAGAAAGUGGUAGAUUUCCAUAAAAUCCAAACCACAGCUGGGGCAAUUAGUUUCAGCAACUUCAAUACAGGUGAUGUUUGGGUGGCUCUAGCAACUCUAUUGUAUGUUGAUGUGCUAGCUACCACAGGCACAUUGUACUCCAUGGCAGAAAUUGGAGGGUUUGUGAAUGAUAAAGGGAGAUUUGAAGGGGAAUACAUGGCAUUCAUGGUAGAUGCAGGGUCUACAAUUGUGGGGUCUGCCUUAGGAGUAUCACCAAUAGCAACAUAUAUAGAAUCAUCAGCUGGGAUUAGAGAAGGGGGUAGAACAGGAUUAACUGCAGUAAUAAUUGGUUUUUAUUUUCUACUUUCAUUGUUUUUUACCCCUCUAUUGACUAGUGUACCUCCAUGGGCUAUAGGGCCUUCACUAGUGAUAGUUGGGAUAUUGAUGAUGAAGGUGGUCAAGGACAUAAAUUGGGAGGAUAUGAAGGAGGCGGUGCCUGCUUUUAUGACCAUGCUGCUUAUGCCCUUAACUUAUUCAAUAGCAAAUGGGAUUAUUGGAGGCAUUGGGCUAUAUAUUGCUCUGAACUUGUAUGAUUAUGCGGUGAAGUUAGUGAGAUGGUUAAUGAAAAUGAGAAGAAUGGUGGUAAAAGAACAAAAUCAAGUCUCUGCUACAGCUGCUGUAGAUCCUUCAAUUGAAAUAAUUUAAGUGGUUUUAGAACUCCAUUUUUGUUAAAUAGUGGAUCUUAUAAGCUAGUAGUGGCAGUAGGUGUUAUGUUAUGAGGAGGGAUAGAAGAAAGAUCAACAGGCAUGCUAUAUACUGUUGCAGCAUUUCAUGGCUGUUUAUACUUUCUCAUCUCUUAGUCUGAAAUUCUUAAUAGAUCAGAUUCUAUUAA